UUCGAGCAUCUGCGUUUCUCGUCGCUAGUGUUGACUUUGUAUCUUGCAAGAUUUAAUUUUCUGUAUGUUUUAUAGUUUUUGUUAAGCUAGCAUUUAAAGUUUUACUACAUUUUGUUCAGUAAUUCUUGUUACUCUAGUGGGUCUUGUUUUCUUUAAAUUUCGUCAACAUGCAGCGGGAUUACUCAGCCGAUAAAGAAACGAUCAUAAGCUUCCUGACCGAGUUCUACAAGGAGGACGAUGAUGGCAAGAAGAUCUUCGUGUACGCAAGGCAAAUGACAAAUAUUGCCCACCGGGAACAGGUCGGACUAACGAUCGAUUUGGACGAUGUCGCCAGUUACAACGAUCAGCUGGCUGAGGCUAUCCAGGGCAACUGCCGACGUUAUGUGAAGCUGGUUUCCGAUACCAUUUUCGAGUUGCUGCCUUCAUACAAAGAACGGGAAGUGAUCAACAAGGAUCCGUUGGAUAUUUACAUCGAGCAUCGUCUGUUGAUGCAAUCUCGCAUGAGGAAUCCUAACGAACAUCGGGAUGCUCGGAAUACAAUUCCGUCGGAGUUGGUCAAGCGGUAUGAGGUGUACUUCAAGGCAUCGAGUUCAUCGAAAGCGGUUGCUAUUCGCGAAGUUAAAGCGGAAAACAUUGGUAAACUGGUAACGGUUCGAGGUAUCGUAACUCGUUGCACGGAGGUGAAGCCGAUGAUGACGGUGGCGACGUACACUUGCGACCGUUGUGGCGCUGAGACCUAUCAACCGGUGACGUCCAUGAGCUUCAUGCCUUCGAUUGAUUGUCCCUCGGAGGAUUGCCGUGUCAACAAAGCCGGUGGAAGAUUGUAUUUGCAGACUCGUGGAUCGAAGUUUAUGAAGUUCCAGGAGUUGAAAAUUCAGGAGCAUAGCGAUCAGGUUCCGGUUGGUCAUAUUCCACGUUCGCUGACGGUUAUGUGCCGUGGAGAGAUUACGCGUUUGGCCCAACCAGGAGAUCACGUUGUGAUCAGUGGCAUCUUCUUGCCGCUUCAGAGAACCGGAUUCAGGGCGAUGGUUUCUGGAUUGUUGAGCGAGACUUUCCUAGAAGCACAUCGUCUGGUUUGCCUGAACAAGUCGGACGAUGGGGAUACAAGCAACGAUCUGACUCCGGAUGAGUUGACAGAAUUGGCAAAGGAUGACUUCUAUACUAGGAUCGCUAGCAGUCUGGCACCGGAAAUCUACGGUCAUUUGGACGUGAAGAAAGCGCUGCUUCUGUUGCUUGUCGGAGGCGUCGAUCGUAGUCCGGAUGGAAUGAAGAUUCGUGGAAACAUAAAUAUUUGUUUGAUGGGAGAUCCUGGAGUUGCCAAGUCGCAGCUGCUGGGUUACAUUGAUCGCCUUGCUGUCCGCAGUCAGUACACUACGGGCCGUGGUUCUUCUGGAGUAGGUUUAACUGCUGCCGUUAUGAAGGAUCCACUUACCGGUGAAAUGAUGUUGGAAGGAGGUGCGCUGGUACUAGCAGAUCAAGGAGUUUGCUGCAUUGACGAGUUUGAUAAGAUGGCAGAUGGCGAUCGAGUCGCUAUCCACGAAGUGAUGGAACAGCAAACGAUUUCGAUUGCCAAAGCUGGUAUCAUGACCUGUUUGAACGCCCGAGUUUCUAUCCUGGCAGCGGCUAAUCCGGCCUACGGACGGUAUAAUCCACGUCGUACCAUUGAACAGAACAUUCAACUCCCAGCCGCUCUACUUUCCCGUUUCGAUCUGCUGUGGCUGAUCCAGGACAAGCCGGAUCGUGACAACGAUCUUCGACUGGCCAAGCAUAUUACAUUCGUUCAUAGUCACGGAAAGCAACCCCCGUCUCGCAUCAAGACGUUGGACAUGUCCUUGAUCCGUCGGUACAUUUCGCUUUGCAAGCGCAAGACUCCAGUCAUUACGCCGGAACUUUCCGAGUACAUCGUCAACGCCUAUGUGGAACUGCGCCGGGAGGCACGCAACAGUCGCGAUAUGACCUUCACGUCCGCCAGAAAUCUGCUGGGAAUUCUUCGUUUGUCCACAGCUCUGGCACGCCUCCGUUUGGCCGAUGAGGUAGAUAAGGAUGAUGUUCAGGAAGCCCUUCGAUUGCUGGAAAUGUCCAAGGACUCGCUGAAUCUGACCGAACAGAAGCCCACACACGUGCAAAACACCUCGGACAAGAUCUUCGCCCUGGUACGUGAACUGGCCGGAUCGAGUAAAACGGUCAAGAUUUCCGAUGUCCUGGAGCGUUGUACCACCAAGGGAUACAAGCCGGAUCAGAUGGACGCUUGUAUAGAGGAAUACGAAGAGCUCAACGUGUGGCAGGUCAACCAGACGAGGACUAAGAUAACCUUUAUUUGAAUGCUCUUUGGCGUUGGGUUUAAGAACUUUACAUUUAACUUGCAUGUUUUCGUCGCUUUAUUCUAGAUAAUAAGAAUUUGUGUUUAUGCUAUCAUUUAAAGGCCAAGUUCCGGUUUGCAGUUAAAUACUUAGUUUUUUAAACGUAUUUUCAUACCUAUAGUACAAUAAUAGACGUGAGCGAAAAGGCUCUCGAUAUGCUGCGCCACCUUAUGAUCAA